CCUUGCACGUGAAGAAACACAUCAAACCUGUACUGCACUUUACUCCUCAUAUUCUGCAUUCUUCUUAUAAAAGAAAUCUGAUUUGGUGGGUAUGUCCUUAUUGCUAUACAAGCUUAAGGAAUUGUUGUAGCACCACAAAGCAGGAGUGCUGGAAUUGAAUGAGGAUGACAGCCCAUGAUGAGAAAAUGAGUGAUGAGAAGAAAAUGAAAAUUGAGGAACUGAGGGUUGUGAAGGUGCUGGGCAGAGGAGCCAUGGGGACUGUGCUUUUGGUUGUACAGGAGGCCUGCAAAGACCAUCCAUUUGCUCUCAAGCUCAUAAGCAAAGACAGCAAGGAUCAACAGUUUCUUAGGAAAUCCAGAGGAAUUGAAAGGGAAAGAGAGAUUUUGUCUUCAUUGCACCAUCCCUUUCUGCCAUCCCUCAUGGGGGAGAUUGAGACACAUAAUAUGGUUGGGUGGGCUAUUGAAUACUGCCCAGGAGGUGACCUCCAUUUUCUCAGACAGAUGCAGCCAGACAGAACCUUUUCAGAGUCUGCUAUCAGAUUCUAUGCAGCAGAGGUGGUAUUAGCUCUAGAACACCUGCACAGCAAGGGCAUUGUUUACAGGGACCUCAAACCAGAGAACAUCCUCCUGCAACGCACAGGACACAUUAUGCUCACUGAUUUUGAUCUCUCAAAAAGACUUCAACCACAGCCAAAUGAAUCCAAAUCUUCUCUAAAUCAAGACCACCAGCAUUCCUCUGAACAAACAAGAGGGUGGAAAGUUUUCAGUAAGAACCUAACCUCCAAGCCAAAAAAGUCCCAAUUUCCUCAAGCUUCAACCCAGAAUAGCACAGGUCCUUUGAGAUCAAAUUCCUUUGUGGGUACAGAUGAAUAUGUAGCACCAGAGGUUGUAACUGGAGAAGGCCAUGGAUUCUCCGUGGAUUGGUGGUCUCUGGGCAUUUUUCUCUACGAAUUGCUAUAUGGGCGCACCCCAUUUAAGGGGCUCACCAGCAAGGAAACCUUCACCAGAAUACUCCUGAUGAGCCCUAAGCUCAUGGGGCCCUCUACUCCCCUGCAUAGUCUCAUUCUCAGAUUAUUAGAAAAGAAUCCACAAAAACGAAUGGGAUUCUGCAAUGGAGCAAGUGAGGUGAAAAGCCAUGAAUUUUUCACAGGCCUGCAGUGGGAUUCAAUCCACCAGCUCUGUCGACCACCCGUUGUCCCAGAUCUUGACAAAACUCUCAAUCAUAUUUUAACAUCAGAGCUACAAGAUCUUUUGAGUGUGAGUACAUCAGAAGAAGAAGAAGAGACGAGCGACUCCGAACUGGACGGACAUUUCUGAAUAGCAGCAAAAAAAUUUCUGCCAGUUUUGUAGCUUUUGUACUCUUGGAAUCCCACGGACAGCGAAAAUACAUUCAGCGAAACCGUGAGGAUAGGGAAACGGUGAAUAUAUAUGCAGUGAAUAUAUAUGUAAAUAGUUUUGUGUGUAUAUUACAUUCCUCUCUGUAAAUUACAGUGCUUGGCCAGCAGCACAAAAGCUAUUGUACUUGUUAUGUUUUGGUGCCCGGCUAGCAUCCAACAUAAAAGUUAGAUCCAUUUUUAAUUGCUAAAAGAGCUGUCUAAACAGAAUAAUUUAUUCCGUUA